CAAAUUCAUUGUGUGUAAUUCAUAUUUUCGGUCGUCAACCUUUUUCCUGUUUGUCAAGCCCGGAUUUGAAUCCUCCCUAGAAGCCAGAAGCUGUGCUUUUGAAAACUCAACAUCAACAGUUCUUUUCGUUGUCCUCUCGUUGCUUUCUGCGUCGGAAUCUUCUCCUGCCAUCGUUCUCCCAUGCCGCUGAGUAAAGGAUCGAAUCGUCUGUGGCUGCUUAGUGGACUCCUGCUGCUCGUUACCUCGGAUGCUCUCGCCUACAGAGGAACAUUCGAGGCCCGCCAGAUCGAUAGAAGGCUUAUACCGAGACUGAAUCGACGUGAUGCGACUGUCUCCGCUGGGAAUGAGACUGUUGGCAAUAUUGGCAACAGCCAGUAUGUGUCAAAUAUUACAAUUGGUGGUGUAACCUUCAAUGUCAUCCUUGACACCGGAAGUUCGGACCUCUGGGUGACAGGGAGCGUUCCGAACGCGACAUCUCUUAAUGCUGAUGGAUCUAUCGCGUACGCUAUCGGUAAUGCAGGAGGCCCAAUCCUCUCCGCUCAAGUGGACUUUUCGGAUUUUACAGUUCAAAAGCAAGCCUUCAUGCAAGUUAAUGACACAACAUCAUUUGGAGCUCUGGCUUCAAUCGGUGUCACUGGACUUGCAGGACUCGGGCCCGGUUUCUCCUCGGUCAUUAAAAAUAAAGUGGGCUCUGCGGGCGACACGCUUUUGGACAAUAUCUUCCAGGCAUGUAUUUGUGCACACUGUCCUCUUAACCGUACCACAUCCAACUUCGUUACCUUUCUUCUUAAUCGGAGACUAAAAAGUGAUAAUGGCACAACCCAUGGCGAGUUCACUAUCAGUGAAGUCUUACCCGGCUACGAUGAGGUUCUCUCGGAACCUAAGCUGCCCGUCAAUGAGCUGAAGGGCUCGGACAAGCUAAAUCAGCAUUGGACAACUGUACUUGAUGCCAUUACUGGGCCAGAUGGGAAGAACAUUAGUUUGGGCUCAAUUGUAGACGGUACACCCAAGGGGAAACUGGUGACGAUUCUCGAUUCAGGUUUCACUUUGCCUCAGGUCCCAAGGAAGGUCUCAGAUGCAAUCUAUGGGAGGGUAAACGGAGCAAACUACUCGGUGGAUGAUGGGCUUUGGCUCAUUCCUUGUGGACAAGAACUAAACAUCUCGAUCGUGUUUGGCGGCGUCAAGUUCUUCAUACACCCUCUUGACACCUCUUCCUCUGAAUUUGGAUAUAAAUUCUCGGAUGGUACUGAAGCUUGUGCGGGGGCGUUUCAACCUAUCUCAACCGCUUUCAGUCUUGGAGGACAGUACGAUGCCGUGAUGGGCCAAUCGUUCUUGCGCAAUGCAUACACUCUCCUUAACUGGGGCGAUUUCGUCGACGAGACAUCAGCUGCUCGUGGGACUCCAUACGUUCAAAUGGAACCGAUGACGGGUCAAGCACAAGCACACAAGGAAUUUGUUGCAGACAGGCUUGGGGGCGUCGAUACCACCGGCGAUUCCAAGUGGAAGCUUUCUAAUACUCAGAAGUCAUCCCCUGUUUCCAAAGGCGAACGAGUGCAGCACAUAGUCGGCUUUGCCGAACGCAACAAAAUUAUCAUUGGAGUUUGUGCUGGGAUUGGCCUCCUCAUCAUUGUAGCGCUCAUUUGCCUUUGCUGCUGCCGCCGCCGACGUUCGAGAAAAGCUGGUGCUGGACGUUCCAUGUUGCCCGCUAACAGGAUAGACCUUAAUAGACUGAGCGGCGAAGGACGUUAUCGAUCGAUGAAGGACCCUCGCUCAGUGCCCCAUACUCAUUCGGCUGGAUCCAACAAACAUGACGAUCCAUUCAGUGAUAUGACGCCUGUCCGACAUUGACACUGCGUAAGAGUUGCCUCAUUGCUGGUCCGGUGAAGGGGAGUUUGUGGGCGUGCAUCGAGCACUGCCUCCAUGCAAUCUCUAUCUUGCAUAUGCCCCUCGUGGUUGAGUUGGAAUGGAGAUGCUCCGACACUCAUUUUCGCCUCUUGAUUUCCGUUCCUUCAUAUAAUGUUGUUUUAUUUACUUAGGAUGGGGAAUCUUGUCUUUAGGCCUCUCGUUCGGUUUGCACCUCCAUCAGAUCUAUUGAACAUAUAAUGGACGCUGUCUUCGCGCAAGAACAUAUAUAAUGUCACUUCCAUGCCACUGCCUGCGCGCGUACUCAAACGAAGAUUGGGGACCAUAUACACUGCUCUGCUAUAGUGUGGUUCUGGACGUUUAUCUUGCAAACCCAAGUGAUCGGGUGUGACAUGGGAAAUUUCAAGCGGC